AUGGCCUGCAUCAACCCAGUGCCUAAACUCUACAGAUCUGUAAUUGAAGAUGUAAUUGAAGGAGUGCGGGAUCUAUUUGUUGAAGAAGGUAUAGAGGAACAAGUUUUAAAGGACUUGAAACAGCUCUGGGAAACCAAAGUUUUGCAGUCUAAAGCAACAGAAGACUUCUUCAGAAAUAGUGUCCAUUCACCUUUGUUCACCCUUCAGUUGCCACACAGCUUGCAUCAAACAUUGCAAUCAUCAACAGCAUCGUUAGUUAUUCCUACUGGUAGAACUCUUCCAAGUUUUGCCACAGCAGAACUGGGCACUUCAAACUCCAGUGCAAACUUUACUUUUCCUGGUUAUCCUAUUCAUGUACCAGCAGGUGUGACACUACAGACUGCAUCUGGUCACCUUUAUAAAGUUAAUGUACCAAUUAUGGUUACACAGACUUCUGGAAGAGCAAGUAUUCUCCAGCAUCCAGUUCAACAAGUUUUUCAACAGUUUGGGCAUCCUUCAAUGAUACAGACCAGUGUUUCACAACUGAACCCUUGUUCCCUUCAAGCUACUAAUAAAUCACAAAGAAUGGAAACUGUGCUACAGCAACCCACAAUCCUACAUUCUGGGCCAGUGGAUAGGAAGCUCUUAAAAAAUGCCACUAGUGAUAUACUUGUACCUCCUGGAAAUGAGCAUAAAAUCAUGCCUGAAGCUUUGUUGAGGCAGCAGGAAAACUCUCAGUACAUCAGUCUUCCAGGUGUUGUAUUUCCUCCACAGGUUUUGCAGACAGAUUCUAAUGUGGAGCCAGUGCUCAGUGUUUCAGCUAGCAUGACUCAGAAUCUUCAUAGUGGGCCUCUCUCAUUGGGCCCUCAGGUGUCUUUCCACCACAUGACUGAUGCACAGCUUCACAUUCUUAAAAAAAGAAUGUAUGGAUGUGAUUCUGUAAAACAACCUAGAAAAAUAGAGGAACCCAGCAGCCUACCUGUUUCUGAGAAGAAUUCUAAUUCUCAGAUGGAUUUAAGCACUCAGGUAUCUGAUGAUGAUAUUAAUGAAAUAAUUCAAAUAGAUGGGACUGGUGAUACAUCUUCCAAUGAAGAAAUAGAAAGUAUAAGGGAUGUAAAUGAGAAUGAAUUUAUAGGGAUUAUUGAUGCAGGAGAUCUAAAGGUGCUUGAAGAAGCUGGCAGUAUAUCAAAUGAAGAUUCACCUGUAAACAGUAGUGAUGAUGAAGAUGCUCAAAUAGAUGUUGUGGAAGAGGAUCCUUUAAAUUCUGGAGAUGAUGUUAGUGAGCAGGAUGUGCCAGACCUGUUUGACACAGAUAAUGUAAUUGUCUGUCAGUAUGAUAAGAUUCAUCGAAGCAAGAACAAAUGGAAAUUCUUUUUGAAAGAUGGUGUUAUGUGUUUUGGAGGGAGAGACUAUGUAUUUGCAAAAGCCAUUGGUGAUGCAGAGUGGUAA